AUGGAGCAGCGAACCGAGGCCAGUUCCUCCAACAGGUACUCGCUCCGGGUCUGGUCCUCCGUCUCUCGGACGCUCUCAAGCUUCAAGACCACCGCUGCAGCAUGGGCACCCACCGUUGGCGUACAUGCUCAACCGAACCGAGGCGAGGUCGCGAUCGCAAAAGUCGACAGCGAGGAUAGCGGCGGAUCCUCGCCCACCAUCUCCUCUCGCAGUCGCCGGAAAACAAACUCGUUCACGGUGGAGCGGAAGCGGAGUAUGGAGAACCCUAUAUGGCCUGUGAAGGAGACUACCAGGCGGCCGAGGAGUACGUGGUGGUCGGGGGUCUGGACACUGCCGGCGAGCUUGUUGGGCGCUAGCCCGGCGGUUACGCCGUCGAGCACGGUUUCCAGACGAGACGAAACGGCUUCGUGUCCAUCGACGAACCGGACGUCGGUGGACUUUGCGUCGCUAAAGUACACACGAGAAAGCUUUGUCGACAUGUUGUUUGAUACCCAUCUCUAUGAGAAGUUUGUGGCCUUUGCCAAGGCAACGCUAUGCACCGAAAAUGUCAUGUUCUAUGAAGCCUUUGUGCACCUAGAAGUUCUAUUAGCGAAAUACGUACCUGUCGAAAUACAAAUGGAAGCGGGCAUGACUCGCUGCCUCACCCGGUUCCUGCUCGAGCAGUCCUCUCGCUCGUCAUCCCCAGCCUCCACGAAAGGCAACUCCGUCCCCCGGUCCUCCCUCCCCAUCGAAGUUCAACAAGCCAUCACGCAGUUCUACCGGACGUUCAUCAUGGCCGGCUCCCCAUUCGAGGUGAAUAUCAGCCACGCGAUCCGCCAAAACGUGGUAGAUAGCCUUCCGGAGAUGUUUGCCACUCAGAACAUGAGCGAGAAGGGGAUAUCAUUGUCGGAAAACAACGUUGAUUGCGACAUACCCGUCACCAUUUUUGACGAGGCCGCCGACGAAAUUUUGGAUUUGCUUUUUCGGAAUACGUUUCACCUAUUCGUCACGCAACAAUACGAGCCAUCUGGCCUCGGGCUAUGA